AUGGCCGACAAGCGGCGGUCCUCGCCCGGCACCACCAUGAGCCUCAAGGCUCACGCCUUCUCCGUGGAGGCGCUCAUCGGGGCCGAGAAGCAGCAGCAGCAGCAGCAGCCGCCGCCGCGGCAGCCCAAACGGCGGAAGCUGGGCGGCGAGGACGAGGCGGCGGAGGACGAGGGAGGCAGCGGCUGCUGCGCCAAGAGCUCCCCCGCCGUCGCCGCUGCCGGCAGGACCUGCGGCGACAUGGAGCUGGGCUGCGCCGCCCGCGCCCCCGCCGGGCUGCCCGCGGCCCCGGCCCGCGGCGCGGCAGGGAGCAGGGCGGCAGCCGGCGGCUGCGAGGAGGGCUUCCUGGCGGCCUCCCCGCCCGCCUCCCCCGGCGGCUCCCCCAGGGGCUCGAGGCCCGGCUCGCCGCUGCCCACGCCGCAGUCGCCGCGGGUGGACCUGCAGGGCGCCGAGCUCUGGAAGCGCUUCCACGAGAUCGGCACCGAGAUGAUCAUCACCAAGGCGGGAAGGCGGAUGUUUCCCGCAAUGAGAGUGAAGAUCUCAGGUUUAGACCCACAUCAGCAGUAUUAUAUUGCUAUGGAUAUUGUGCCAGUGGAUAACAAAAGAUACAGGUAUGUUUAUCAUAGCUCCAAGUGGAUGGUGGCUGGUAAUGCUGACUCCCCGGUACCGCCUCGUGUCUAUAUUCAUCCCGAUUCACCCGCCUCUGGGGAGACAUGGAUGAGACAAGUGAUCAGCUUCGACAAACUGAAGCUUACCAAUAACGAGCUGGAUGAUCAAGGGCAUAUAAUUCUUCACUCUAUGCAUAAAUAUCAGCCCCGUGUCCACGUCAUCCGAAAAGACUGUGGAGAUGAUCUGUCCCCCGUCAAGCCUAUCCCUUCAGGAGACGGGGUGAAAGCUUUCUCCUUUCCAGAGACAGUUUUCACUACUGUCACAGCGUACCAAAAUCAACAGAUAACUCGUCUGAAGAUUGAUAGGAAUCCAUUUGCCAAAGGGUUUAGAGAUUCAGGACGUAACAGAAUGGGACUGGAAGCUCUGGUAGAGUCUUAUGCCUUCUGGAGACCUUCACUGAGGACACUUACAUUUGAAGAUAUACCUGGAAUACCCAAACAAGGAAAUGCAGGUUCCUCUACUUUACUCCAGGGAUCUGGCAGUGGAGUGCCAUCUACCCACCCUCACCUUUUACCGGGUUCCCCUUGCUCAUCUCCAGCCUUCCACCUCAGUCCCAACACUAGCCAGCUCUGUAGCCUUGCUCCAGCUGACUACACAGCUUGUGCCCGCUCAGGCUUGACCCUGAACAGAUACAGCACUUCUUUGGCUGAAACCUACAACAGGCUCACAAACCAAACCAGUGAGACGUUUGCACCCCCGAGGACUCCCUCCUAUGUCGGUGUGUCGAGUAGCACAACUGUGAAUAUGUCUAUGAGUGGCAAUGAUGGGGAUGCAUUCAGCUGCCCACAGACUGGCUUAUCUAUGCAGAUUUCAGGGAUGUCUCCACAGCUCCAGUACAUCAUGCCAUCCCCAUCCAGCAAUGCCUUCACCACUAAUCAAACCCACCAAGGCUCCUACAACACGUUUAGACUGCACAGUCCCUGUGCACUCUAUGGAUAUAACUUUUCCACAUCCCCUAAACUGGCUGCCAGUCCUGAGAAAAUCGUUUCUUCCCAAGGAAGUUUCUUGGGGUCCUCGCCAAGUGGAACCAUGACGGAUCGGCAGAUGUUGCCCCCCGUGGAAGGAGUGCACUUACUUAGCAGUGGGGGGCAGCAGAAUUUCUUUGACUCUAGGACCCUAGGAAGCUUAACACUCUCAUCUUCUCAAGUGUCUGCACAUAUGGUUUGAUGAAGCCUUUAAGUAAAAGUACAGUCUGUUUGG